UUUGCCUUAGCCUUAGUUCUUGCCACCGUGUAUGCCUUCAACCUUGAUAUCAUUACACUCAACAAGCUCCAUCUCAUCCUCGACUCUAUUGGUCUAUGCGAUAACCUAUCACACUUACACUACCAAUUCCCUUGUCCCAAAUAGGUCGGCCUAUAACAUCGUCAUCAACCUGUUAGCCUUCGCCAGCUAGGGGGCUAGCGCCUGUGCGAUUACUCGAAAGCCUCUUCAGCCGGCUAAAGAAACCAUCAUAAUACCCUACCAACACACUGUCUCAUAGCCAGCACCAUGAGCCAUACCGUGAACUCGAGCACCAUGAACCCAUGGGAGGUUGAGGCGUAUCAGCAAUACCACUAUGACCCUCGAACCGCGCCCACGGCCAACCCUCUCUUCUUCCAUACGCUCUACGCUCCCGGCGGUUACGACAUUAUGGGCUAUCUGAUUCAGAUUAUGAACAGGCCAAAUCCCCAGGUAGAACUGGGACCUGUUGACACGUCAUGCGCUCUGAUUUUGUGCGACCUGAAGCAAAAAGACACGCCAAUUGUGUACGCCUCGGAAGCUUUUCUCUAUAUGACAGGAUACAGCAAUGCGGAGGUCUUGGGGAGAAACUGCCGUUUUCUUCAGUCACCCGACGGAAUGGUCAAGCCGAAAUCGACAAGGAAGUACGUCGACUCCAACACGAUCAAUACGAUGAGGAAAGCGAUUGAUAGGAACGCCGAGGUGCAGGUUGAGGUGGUCAACUUUAAGAAGAACGGUCAACGGUUCGUCAACUUCUUGACGAUGAUCCCGGUGCGAGAUGAGACAGGGGAAUACCGGUACAGCAUGGGUUUCCAGUGCGAAACGGAAUGAAAGCGGCGAGUUAAGAAGGGAGAGGAGAGAAGAAAAGGGGGGAGAGCGAAAGAGAAGUGGGAUGAGAGGCAACAGUCACAGCACCUCCACGGCGCAAUCACAACAACUACAAC